UUCUUUAGAAAAGAACCAGUUAAUCAGCUUGAGACGAACUGCUGAACAAGAUGGCGGAGUGAGUGGAUUGCGCUUUGGGGGAAAAAGUAGCGACUACUUUUCUUUAGUAUUAUAACAGAUACGGUUCAUUCGUUUAUGUCUGCGUUUCACUGUGAGAUAAGUUUGACCAAAGCAUAAAAUCGCCCCUCUAUUUGAGGUGGUUUAACGAAAGCGUCGAACACAGGGCCGUAUAUAGCGUCCUUCCUAUGUAAGAGGUUAGCUAGGUUGUUUUAGGCGUUUUGACAACGCUGUUGGAGAACUGGUCGAUAAUCUAUAAGAUUUAGAAGAGUACGCUGAGACGAACACCUAUAGAUGACCGUAAUUAUGAAAUAUUCUUCUUCGUGAGUGUCCAGGGACGAUAGAUAGACGACGAGGUUUUGGUUUAACUAGCUAGCAUACUUCGACUGAUCUGAUUCGGACAGGAGAAAAGAACCGAAAGCUAGAUAGCUACUAACAGAUUAAAGAGACGCAGAUAUUCCAUUAUAAAACGCCGCCAUUUUACAACGAUUGAGUAGUUUCUAGGAAGCACAAAAAGUCAUGGCUAGUAGCAGCGGUUCUAAAGCCGAAUUUAUAGUCGGUGGAAAAUACAAGCUUGUCCGGAAAAUUGGAUCAGGAUCAUUUGGAGACAUUUACUUGGCUAUCAACAUUACAAAUGGAGAGGAGGUCGCUGUAAAACUGGAGUCGCAGAAAGCGAGACACCCUCAGCUUCUGUAUGAAAGCAAGCUGUAUAAAAUUCUUCAAGGGGGAGUUGGAAUUCCACACAUCAGGUGGUAUGGCCAAGAAAAAGACUAUAACGUCCUGGUGAUGGAUCUUCUGGGGCCCAGUCUAGAGGACCUCUUUAACUUCUGUUCUCGCAGAUUUACAAUGAAAACAGUUCUUAUGCUUGCCGACCAGAUGAUCAGCAGAAUCGAGUAUGUACACACAAAAAACUUCAUCCACAGAGACAUCAAGCCAGACAACUUUUUAAUGGGCAUUGGCCGUCACUGUAAUAAGUGUUUAGAAUCUCCAGUGGGGAAGAGGAAAAGAAGCUUGGCUGUUAGUUCUUCUCAGGACCCAUCUUUCUCAGGAUUAAACCAGUUGUUCCUCAUUGACUUUGGUCUGGCCAAAAAAUACCGGGACAACAGGACACGACAGCACAUACCCUACAGAGAAGACAAAAACCUCACAGGCACAGCCCGCUAUGCUAGCAUCAAUGCACACUUGGGCAUAGAACAGAGUCGUCGAGAUGACAUGGAAUCUCUAGGCUAUGUGCUGAUGUACUUCAACAGAACCAGCUUGCCCUGGCAGGGACUGAAGGCUGCCACAAAGAAACAGAAAUAUGAGAAGAUUAGUGAGAAAAAGAUGUCUACACCUGUUGAGGUUUUGUGUAAGGGUUUUCCAGCUGAGUUUGCCAUGUACCUGAAUUACUGUCGUGGGCUACGAUUCGAAGAGGCCCCUGAUUACAUGUACCUGCGUCAGCUGUUCCGCAUUCUUUUCAGGACUCUGAAUCACCAGUAUGACUACACAUUUGACUGGACCAUGCUUAAGCAGAAAGCAGCACAACAAGCAGCAUCCACAGGGGGACAGGGGCAACAGGCACAGACCCCCACAGGCAAGCAAACUGACAAACCCAAGAGUAACAUGAAAGGUUUCUAAGCAUUAAGGCAGUUUAAUAAAAGAAGAGAAGAGAGUUCUUAGCAGGAUUUGCCUUCAGAUCACAUCCCAGCAUUUAGAAUCAGAAUCACCACACCAGGCAUUCCUUUUCCUCUUAAAAGAACUAGAUUCCAUAUACUACAUAUGUAAGCAGUAUAUAUAGAUACCAUGCUCUGCAUAUAUCUAUAUAUUGGUAUGUAUAUAGUAUAUCCAUAAAGAGGGCAGGCUUGGUAUGGAAUUUAAAAUUGUAAUCUUUUCUAUCCUCUUUCUGUCCCUGGCUUCCCUUACUUUUCCAGAAUGAUUAUUCUAAAACAGAAAAUAAUUGUUUUUUUGAGGAUGUACCUGUGCAAAACAAAUGUUUGCUCAAGUUCUCUCAUUCAGGAAAACUUUCAGGUUGUUGUCUUACAUCACUGGUUGUCAUGAUCUCAAACUGUCAGACUGAACAGUUUUUCUCCACAAAUUAACAUUAAAUCCUGUUAUGAAAGGAAUCCUGGCUAUUCCUAUGCAGAUAUGUUGUUUUAAAAGAGGAGGAUAACAAGGUUCUGCCUGCUUUGAUGUUUUAGAAGAGCUUCUAAUGUGAAGAUGAAAAAUUCUAGUGACUACUAGAUUUCUCUCUAGAACGCUGCAUUAACAGUUAUUGUAUUUGAUAUUCAGAAAUAUAAAAAUUAAUAAAAGAAUGAACUCCACAGAAGCAUAUUCAUUAUAAAUUAGACAUCACUUCAGUAAACUUAUAUGUUAAGUGCUUAGAGAAAAAAAAUGCAUAAAUGAUCGGAUGGGUUUUUUUUCUCCAUUACAUAAAGACAAAAACUUAUUAGCCACAGUUCUUUUUUUUAUCAGAAAAAUGUUUUGUAGAGCUUUCUUUUGAAUAAAUUGGUUUUAGGGGUAAGGUGAUUUUGUUGCUCCUUGAGGUGAUGCUCAUUCUGUUAGAGAACACCCAUUGAAAUGUGAGCAGCCUUUUUUUUUUUUUUUUUUUUUUUAGUGGUGGUCUUUUGCGCCGUAUUCCUUUUUUCUUUAUUGCAGAAAGUAUAUUGUAGGGUUUCUUUUUGUAUAUGUUUGGGGAAGAUCAGCUUGAAUUUCUGAUUUUAGCCACAAUGCACCAGUAACAUGGUUUUCAGGGUUGUCCCCUACCCCGCAUCCUGCUCCUUUUUUUCUUCACCAACUUCCUCUCCCUUACUCCUGACCAGCUUAAAGUAUUUUAUUGCUGGAUGUUCUAUGAAGUGUAACUUAUUCCCUUUUAGCAUGUCAGAAUAAAUGACUUCUGAGAAACACUGA